AACUCUUUUUUUUUUUUUUAAAAAAAAAAAAAUAGACAUCCUGGAGCAGACGGAAGAAGAGUCUUUUUUGGUGGAUACUUUGAAACCGAUGGGUACGGCGCCUCUGUCUCCUUCCGUAGGGAAGUGAUUCCAAACCCGGUCAAGUCGGUCACUCUUACACCCGAAGAUUUUGAAGACUGGGAGAUGCCAUUCAUGAAGCUAUGGGGUGCCGAUCCAGGAGUGACUGAUAUUUUUGUAGCUAGUAGUGGUUCAGACAAUGUCUAUCAAGACAAUCCAGAUGACCAAGAUGAAGAUCUUGAUGAAGAAGAUGUCCCAGAACAAGAACCCGGUGAACCACAUCAGUAUGAUCUACAAGAAAGGUAUCGACAACGCCAGCAGCAGGACCCUCAUGAAAUUAGAAGAUUCUCAUCAGCUGAGUAUUACACGAAGGCCGGAUACAAGAAAACUACAAGGCUGAUUAGGGAGGCUAAGGAUCAGCAACAGAUUGAUGAAGUUGAAGCCACCAUAUUGACCAAUAAAACGUCGACUAUGCAAGGAAUCGAAGGUUAUAUUACAUCAAUAUUGACCGUUUUUGACCAACUGACCGCAUUCUAUGGUCGAAUACUGUUUCAGAGAAGAAAAUUCAGCAACUACUGUGGCCGUCAGCGUAUGGAUGCCGAAUUAGUGAAUAUUUUCACUAAUGGUGGAACAAAAUAUGGCGAUCACCACGAGACAUAUCUUGUAAGAAACCAAGAGCUUGAAGAAAACUUCCGGAGGACGAUAAAAUACAGCCGUAGGCUCAGGGACCGAAAAAAGCAAAAUCCUGACUGGGUGACAGAUAAUGAGCAGGGUCCAAUGGCCUUGAUUUACACCCCUAUGGCUCCCGUUGCUCGCGAACCUGCUGGUCAAAGAACAUUGUAAGUUAGAAAAAAAAAAAAAAACUCGGAUUAAAAUAUGAUAUUAACAGUAAAUGAUGGUUUUAUAUUUUUAUUAUAGCAAAUGGAAGAAAGCGCCCAUUAUGAAUGAUACAGAUCGUGUUCCAAUCGUCGCCUUUGGUGCUGCUGAAUUCGGUCAUCUUGCCUUUGGUGGUAAACCCUCUGGAUUAGCCAACAAGUGCCGAUCUUUAUUAAAAAAGGCAGAUUAUGAUGGU